ACCGGCAGUUGCAUUCCUCCAUCACCCUACCCCACCACAGCCCACAACAUCAACAGCUUCUUGAUCCAACGGCUGGAAUUUCAAGCCCACAGCCCACUCUGUAACCGGCCGUUUCAAAUUGUUUCAAGGUUUUAACUUCUAAUAUUCAGAGAGGGCAAAUCAUCUUCGUCACUGCUGGCAUAUUCCAUUCCACCACCACCUCCUCUGAGUCUUCUCUCUCUCUCUCUCUCAGAGAAGAAAAUGGAGAAAGCACAAGCGAUUGAAGCAGAAAAUGGAGAAGUUAAAGAAGAAAAAACUAAGACCGUGAAAGACGGUUCCAUUUGUGGGUACGAGUCGCUUCACUCUCUUCUAAGCGCAAACCUCAAACCUGAGCUCUUCCAGGAAGUCAGCCGCUUACUUCUGGGGCUUAAUUGUGCGAGGGCAAUUGAUAAAAUCGAUCUUCCAGAUUCUGCUAAAGCGCUCUCUUCAGAACAUGAUUUUGACCUCCAGGCUUUCUGCUUUCGUGCUGACAAAGAAUUAUUGAGAGCACCUCGAGUAGUUAGGGUUGGUCUUAUUCAGAACUCCAUAGCUCUUCCAACUACCACCCACUUUCAGGAUCAAAAGAGGGCCAUCUUUCAGAAACUAAAGCCUAUCAUCGAGGUUGCCGGUGCUUCAGGAGUCAACAUAUUAUGCCUACAAGAAGCAUGGAUGAUGCCAUUUGCCUUUUGUACGCGGGAGAAGAGGUGGUGUGAAUUUGCAGAACCUGUUGGUGGGGAAUCAACACAAUUUCUUCAAGAUUUCGCCCUGAAAUAUAAUAUGGUCAUCAUAAAUCCAAUUCUUGAGAGGGAUGUCAAUCAUGGAGAGACUAUUUGGAACACUGCUGUUAUAAUUGGAAAUCAUGGCAACAUAAUUGGCAAGCAUCGUAAAAACCAUAUACCAAGAGUUGGAGACUUCAAUGAGAGCACAUAUUAUAUGGAGGGCAAUACUGGGCAUCCUGUUUUUGAGACGGCUUAUGGAAAGAUCGGUGUCAAUAUAUGUUAUGGGAGGCACCAUCCAUUGAAUUGGUUAGGUUUUGGCUUGAAUGGUGCAGAGAUUGUUUUCAACCCUUCUGCUACUGUUGGUGAACUCAGUGAACCUAUGUGGCCCAUUGAGGCCCGUAAUGCUGCAAUAGCAAAUAGUUACUUUGUUGGGUCAAUCAAUCGUGUUGGAACUGAGAUAUUCCCCAAUCCAUUCACCUCCGGUGAUGGAAAGCCACAACAUGCAGAUUUUGGGCAUUUCUAUGGAUCCAGUCAUUUUUCAGCCCCAGAUGCUUCUUGCACUCCAUCUCUUUCCCGUAACAGGGACGGGCUGCUGAUCUCAGACAUGGAUCUCAACCUUUGUAGGCAGCUGAAAGACAAGUGGGGAUUCCGAAUGACUUCUCGAUUUGAGUUGUAUGCAGAGUUGCUUGCUGAUUAUUUGAAGCCAGAUUUUGAGCCUCAAGUCAUUUCUGAUCCUUUAUUACAUAAGAAAACUUUGUAAAUCUCAAGUGCUAUUAAGAGUUCUGAAAAGGAAACAAUGCAAUAAUUGAAAAGUGUGUUGGAAUAAUAUCUCAAGUUACCGGUCAAAAAAUACAUUGACCCUGUGU